CUCGGAAAUCAAACGAGGAUGAAUUUUCCCGGAAAUCGAACGGGGGAUGGGUUUUCUUGGGAAUCAAACGCUUUUGCAUGUCUUAUAGCUUUUGUGUACUCUUAAAAAAAAAAGAAAAAAGUGAAAUACGAAGGAACAAAAAAAAACACAGAAGACAAAAGAAGUCGUGGUGGACUCGUGGUGAUGGUGGGAGCUGAGAAGAAGUUAAAAAAAGAGAAGACAGAGGAAAGGAGCAUACUUGAGAGACGAAGCUGCUGUGACGACGAAGUGGAGGACACCAAAGAGAAGCUGCCGCCGGAGAGAGUGCCGAUCUUCAAAAGUGAUGGUGGCGCCGACGUAUGUGAGAUCCACAGAGGCUUACGCCUCAAUCCUUGGGGCGUAAAAGGCAAACCAAAGCUCACCUCAAGUUCGCCUCAGACUCUAAAGGCGAACGCCUUUCGGGAGUCCCGCGGCCUGCCCCCCUCGCCUUGGGAGGCACGCUUUGAAAACCUUGUAUCCACAUUAUGAAAUUUUAGACAACCCCAUCAGGAAAAAGACUUCUAUUUUGAAGUUUUCUGUGAGUUAAUUUCAGAGGAGGAGUUUAAGAAGAGCUAUUGUCAUUUUGGCAGCCAAUUUGGAUUCCCAUGACCUGUUCUGCAACUUUGUUCUUCAUAUCUUAAACUGCAAUGCAGUACUUCAGUCUCUGGUGGCCCUUGUUAGUUGUCUGCAACAACUGCUCUGCAAUAUGCUCUCCUUUCAGAGGUUGAAAUAGGUAUUUUCAGAGGAUGACUAAAACCGAGACCAUGCAUUUUUGUUUGUAAGGAUGGAAAUGGUUGGUGAAUCUCAACUUUUUGUUCGAUGAGUCAUCCAUGGGUCAUCCAACAAGAAGAAAGGCACGCCCAUUAGAUCUUUAAAGAAUUUCUUAUAAAGAAAGCGGUUGUGAAUAAGACCCAGUUCUUCUUUGGUGAAAUCAUCCAAGAUGUUAUAGAAAAGGGUUGUAUUAGAUUAAAGGAGGCCAUUUCUUGGGAUUCCCUUGAAGUGGGGCUGCUUCAAAGGAAAUUGUAGGAUUGAUUUAUAUGAAAGCAGGUAUAAUUUGGAUAACUCAAACCACCUACGUCAAAGUUUCUUAUGGGGGAGAUAGAUGGAUUAUUUGCUUAGAGUAGACUUAAGGUGGCAUAAAUUGGCUCAAAAGUUGAUCAAAACUGUGUUUGUGCAAAGUCAGUUGUAUGGAUCACCAUUCAGUUUCUCAUUGACAAAAAUUUAUACAAAGGUUUUUACUGUGCAGAGCAUUGUUUGCUUUAAGUAAAUACAUCUGAUGAAGCAGAGGAGAAGAAAUAUUUGUGUUUCAAUCACAUUUGAGAUUGAGCCUGUUGAAGACAGUUGAAGGCCUUUUGGUAAUUCAAGAACCCCAUAAACCAGAAAUUAAAAUUAUCAACAGUAACUAUUUCCAUGUACUUCUGAGAUGGCUUUGUCAUAUUCUUACUUCUGUCGGCUCUCUUUAUCUUUCUUAGUGGGAUUGAGGUCUGUACAAAACAAAAGUUUUGCUUAGAGAUUAACAAGCACAGUAAGAGAAAGAAAUUGAUAUAUAUAGAGAGUUUUAUAUGUAACUUACCUUGUAAUGGAAUUUAACCAAUUCACUAUUUGGAGAAUUGAAUUUGACUGAGUUCUCACUGGAAAAUGCAACCCUUGAAGGGGAGGCCAUCUAUAGGGCCAGCUGUCGAUAAAUAGCAUUGGGAAGUCUUCAACAGCUUCUCUCCUUGCUGAAGUUUGCUUGAAAACUCUCUUCACCCCUCCUAGUUGAAGAAUUCUUGCCCCCCAGCUCAACUUCCCCUUCAUAGUUUCAGAGAUCUUACAACCUAUUGUCACUGCAUUUGGGAAAAUAUAAACCAAAUUGAGUUAUUGA